CAGAGAAAUGGCAGAAACCGCUCCAGCUCCAGCAGCCCCGCCGGCGAAAGCGCCCAAGAAGAAAUCUGCAGCCAAACCCAAGACAGCGGGUCCAGGCGCGAGUGAUCUCAUCGUUAAAGCCGUGACGGCCUCCAAGGAGAGAAACGGUGUGUCUCUGGCCGCCCUGAAGAAAGCUCUCACCGCCGGCGGAUACGAUGUGGAGAAGAACAACUCCCGCGUCAAGCUCGCCAUCAAGAGCCUCGUGACUAAAGGCACACUGGUCCAGACUAAAGGAACCGGUGCUUCAGGAUCUUUCAAACUCAACAAAAAACAAGUCGAGACUAAGAAGCCAGCGAAGAAAGCCGCUCCUAAAGCAAAGAAACCCGCAGUGAAGAAGCCCGCUGCUGCUGCUGCUGCCAAGAAGCCGAAGACCGCAGCGGCAAAGAAGACCGCCGCAAAGAAGUCUCCCAAGAAGGUCAAGAAACCUGCCGCCACCGCCGCUAAAAAGGCAACGAAGAGCCCCAAGAAGGCGAAGAAGCCAGCGGCCCCCAAGAAGGCAGCGAGUCCGAAGAAAGUAGCUAAAAGCCCCAAGAAGGUCAAGGCUGCAAAACCCAAGACGACAAAGCCCAAAGCAGCGAAGCCUAAAAGGGCCGCCCCGAAAAAGAGGUAGAUUACUUCUCCAGACUUUCUAUUACAAAAGGCUCUUUUAAGAGCCACCACCAGCCCACUAAAGAGUUGUGUUUCAGUGAUAUGUUGAUAUUAUGGUUGUGUUCUCACAUUUAAAUCUAUUUAUUUGGCAGACGCUUUUAUCCAAAGCUACUUACAGUGCAUUAUCCUUUACAUUUAUACAUAGAUAUCUGGGCUCGAACCCACAACCUUGCUCUUCUAAGCUACACCACUAAGCUACAGUAAAACUCUUAAUAAAUUAAUAUGCUGAGAAAUCUGGUUCAAAUUAAGAACACAAGAUAUGAUCGUCAGCGCAUUUAAUUCAUAAUCGGCGCAACAUCUGAAGUUAUGUUGUCAGUAUAAAUGUUUGCUUUUGUUCAUACUGUUGUUUCCUAUAGACGUGUCUGAAAAGACCGCAGAUAUAAGAUUUAAUGUAGUGAAAGAUCACGUGAUC